AUGUAUCGUCAAGCCCGCAGGAAGCACAAGCGCUACUCGCCCUUCCGCUCCACCACUGCGGUGGACGUCAACUCCAACGGCAAGCCCGUGAAGGAGAACGAGCGCCUGGUCCGAGGCAAGACCAAGAGGGACGCAGUGACCGUUGAGUUUACGCAG